GCAUUCAAAAUUUUUCCUCCCAAAAUUUGUCUUAUAAAUUCCCCGCAAAGUUCAUGAGAAUACUUUUUGUACUGAAUAAUAACUUGAUAUUCACCUACUUAUUCCUACUGUCGUUUUAAGAAGAAACUUCCAGGUGUCUUCAAAGUUAAAAUACAAUUUUCUAUCAUUGGCUUCCUGUUUUACAUGGUAAGGAAUCUCUCAGACAUUUCUGGAGUUUUUUCCCCAAAGAAGGUUUUUAGCAGUUUGAGUUUAUUCUAAUUGCUGAGAAUUUACCUAAUUGAAUGAUAAAGAUUUUAGUAUGAUAAGGCUUGUCAUGUGUAAGUCUAAUCUUCCUUUGACUUCUUUUAGCGUUGACUCUUUUGUCUGCUCUAGCCUUGAAAGAUUAAGAAACAUUAUGGCUUUAUUGGGUCAGUGCCUCCCAGAAACUUGGCUGACUUUGAUGCUCAAGAGGACCUAUGUGCCACCUUUUAAACAAAGAAUUUUGGAGGCCUGGCCGGCUGUCAAUCUGUCUUUUGAAGCUUAGUGCACCUAGUAAUGUGCAAAAAGUUUUUCUUAGGGUCAGAAGGAAACCUUUUCUACAUAAAGUGUUUAGAAUUUGUAAAACAACAGCAAGAAAAGACAAAAAACAGUUUCUAGGUAAGUACUUAGGAUGAUAUUUCCUUUUCUACUAUAUUAGUCAUUUGAUUUUGUUCUGAUAUAUCAGGAAGAAAUGAGUCGAAACUAAAUUACAAGUCUUGUUACUCAUGUAAUUAAGUUAAAGUUACUACAGAGCAGCUUUUAAAUUUUUGUUUUUUGCAGUGCUGGGGAUCAAACCCAGACCCUCACACAUACUAGGCGAGUGCCCUAUCACUGAGCUGCAUUCCCCAAACCCUAGAUCAACAAAGAAGUUGAAAAUUAGUCAUUAGUUGCUUUCAUUAUUAAUUUCAUUCAUUUUAUCUUUCUUGUAAAACUAUGAUUACAAAGAUUAUUUGCAACUACCAUUUAUUUAUUUAAAAUUCAAUUUCCUAUGGGGCAAUUCUGUACUAUAAAAUGUGUGUACUCUUGUGAGUAAUUUUCCAUUUUUAUUUGUGAAUUAGACUUCUAAUUGAUAAAGAAGUAGGGCUGGUCAGUUGUAUUAAAUUUAUUUCUAAUUAUCUUUUAUCUUUAAACUUGAAGGUACUUGAAACAAUUUAGCAUAGUAGUUAAGAAUAUGGGUUCUGGAGAUUACAGUGUCUAAGAGCAAAUCCCAGUUCUACCAUUUGCUACUUUUGUGUCCUAAACUUUGGAAGCCUUAAGUUUAUGUCAACUCUAAAACAGAGAUGCAAACUGCUGGGUUGAUGCAUAAGAUAAUACACACACACACACACACACACACACAUAUAGGGCACAUGGGAAGCACUCAGUAAAUGUAAUCCAUUGUUGAUAUUUAUAAUACCUUAGCACCUAGUACUGUACAGUGCCAUGUACAUAAUAGAUACUUGUUACAUUUGUUGAAUGAAUGAUAUGGUUUAUACUUGGAAAGUUCCAGUUCCAGCACAUGCAGCCAUUGUCAAUAUAGUUGAUAAAUAUUUUAAAGAGGAAAAAAAUGCUCACGUGUUUGAUAUUUGUAUCUCAUUUUAACUGUAGUUACAAUGCUGUGGAGCCAUAUUAGCUCCAGACACAGGUCUGAUACAUAAUAGAUGCUCAAAGCAUGUUUGAAUAAAUUAGCAGGGUUUUCUAUUUGUUACUUUGUGUUUUGUUAAGCAGAUCAAAGUUUUACGUGUCCUUUUUGAAAACCAAAACUACGAGUUCAGAUGGUUAGCUGCUGGCUAAUUAGAUUUCAGAAUGAUGAUGAUUUUUUUUGUUUGUUUUAAAAUUUUUUUUAGUUAUAGAUGGACACAAUAUAUUUUUAUUUAUUUUUUUUAACGUGGUGCUGAGGAUUGAACCCAGGACGUCACAUAUUUGAGUUUUGUACCAAUGGCUAGAAGCAGAUCGUCAUAGCAAGAGCCAAGAAGCUACAAAUACGACUUCAGGUGAAAAUUUUGACCAGAGUCCUUUGAGAAGAACAUUCAAAUCCAAAGUUCUGGCCCACUACCCUCAGAAUAUAGAAUGGAAUCCCUUUGAUCAAGAUGCAGUGAAUAUGUUAUGCAUGCCUAAAGGGCUAUCAUUCAGAACCCAAACUGAAAGUAAAGACCCUCAGUUUCACUCAUUUAUAAUUACCCGGGAAGAUGGUUCUCGCACCUACGGUUUUGUUCUCACUUUUUAUGAAGAAGUUACAAGUAAGCAAAUCUGCACAGCAAUGCAGACACUCUACCAGAUGCACAACGCUGAGCAAUACAGCAGUGUUUAUGCUUCAUCCUCAUGCAGCAUGGACUCACUGGCAAGCAGCAUUGAUGAGGGCGAUACAACUUCCCUUUUGAAACUCCAGCGAUACAACUCCUAUGAUAUCAACAGAGAUACCCUGUAUGUUUCAAAAAGUAUAUGCUUGAUCACACCACUACCUUUUAUGCAGGCCUGCAAGAAAUUCCUCAUCCAACUUUACAGGGCAGUUACCUCACAGCAGCCACCACCCUUGCCGCUUGAGAGCUACAUCCAUAAUAUUCUUUAUGAAGUACCUCUUCCACCUCCAGGGAGAUCACUGAAAUUUUAUGGUGUUUAUGAACCUGUCAUCUGCCAGAGGCCUGGGACCAAUGAACUCCCCCUCUCUGACUACCCUCUUCAUGAGGCUUUUGAGCUCCUGGGAUUAGAGAACCUGGUGCAGGUAUUUACCUGUGUUCUUUUAGAAAUGCAGAUCCUUCUCUACUCACAAGAUUAUCAACGCCUGAUGACUGUGGCAGAAGGCAUCACCACACUUUUGUUCCCAUUUCAGUGGCAGCAUGUUUAUGUGCCCAUCCUUCCUGCUUCUCUGCUACAUUUUCUUGAUGCUCCUGUACCUUAUCUGAUGGGUCUUCAGUCAAAAGAAGGAACUGACCGUUCUAAACUAGAACUUCCUCAAGAGGCUAAUUUGUGCUUUGUGGACAUUGACAACCAUUUUAUUGAAUUGCCUGAAGAAUUUCCACAGUUCCCCAAUAAAGUGGAUUUUAUCCAGGAGCUCUCUGAAGUUCUUCUUCAAUUUGGGAUUCCUCCUGAGGGCAGCUUACAUUGCAGUGAGAGUGCCACCAAACUGAAGAAUCUGGUUCUGAAAGAUUUGGUCAAUGACAAGAAGAAUGGCAAUGUCUCCACUAAUAAUAUCAGCAUGUAUGAGUUAUUGAAGGGCAAUGAAACCAUAGCCCGCUUGCAGGCUCUGGCCAAGAGGACUGGUGUGACUGUGGAAAAAAUGGACCUGUCUGCUUCUCUGGGUGAAAAAGAAAAGGAUUUAAAACUGCAGUGUGAAGAGGCAGAACUGAGGGACUACCAGCUGAAUGUACAGCUGAGAGAGGUCUUUGCUAACCGCUUUACACAGAUGUUUGCUGAUUAUGAAGCAUUUGUGAUUCAAACUGCCCAGGACAUGGAAUCCUGGCUGACCAACCGGGAACAGAUGCAGAACUUUGACAAAGCUUCUUUCCUUUCUGACCAACCUGAGCCUUAUCUGCCAUUUCUUUCACGAUUCAUUGAAACACAGAUGUUUGCCACCUUUAUUGAUAACAAAAUUAUGUCUCAGUGGGAAGAGAAAGAUCCUUUGCUUCGAGUCUUUGAUUCUCGGAUUGAGAAGAUAAGAUUGUACAAUGGAAGGGCACCCACCUUACGGACAUCUAUAUAUCAGAAAUGCAGCACUUUAAAAGAAGCAGGUGAACUCUUUAGGCACAGGCUAUCUGCUGUUGAUAUUGUGGCACCAGAACCUCAUGAUCUCUGUGCAGAAAGACAAGAAGUGGAUACCCAAUCAAUUGAGCAAAGACUGAUGAAAAUGGAUCACACUGCAAUCCACCCACAUCUACUUGAUAUGAAAAUUGGUCAAGGCAAAUAUGAGCAAGGGUUCUUUCCAAAGUUACAGUCUGAUGUCUUGGCAACAGGACCAACCAAUAACAAUCGCUGGGUAAGUCGGAGCGCCACCACACAGCGCAGGAAAGAGCGCCUUCGCCAGCAUUCCGAGCACAUUGGACUGGACAACGACUUGAGGGAGCCUUCCGGGGAACUUUUGGUCUGUCAGAACUCCAUGGCAUUCUGGGAGUGGGAUCAGGGCCCACCUCCUCCUGCACGGCUUCCUAAAAAGUCCUUCUCUGAGUGCUGCCUGAAAUACAUGCAAGAGGCACGAAGUUUAGGAAAAAAUCUGAGGCAGCCCAAAUUGUCAGACCUUUCUCCUGCAGUGAUUGCACAGACCAACUGGAAAUUUGUAGAAGGCUUAUUAAAAGAAUGUAGAAUGAAGACAAAACGCAUGUUGGUAGAAAAGAUGGGACAUGAAGCAGUGGAGCUGGGCCAUGGAGAAGCAAACAUCACUGGCUUGGAAGAGAAUACCUUGAUUGCCAGCCUCUGUGACCUACUAGAGAGGAUAUGGAGCCAUGGCCUACAGGUCAAACAGGGGAAGUCAGCUUUGUGGUCACAUUUAAUUCAAUUUCAAGACAGAGAAGAAAAACAAGAGCACCUUGCAGAAUCACCAGUUGCCCUGGGACCAGAAAGAAGAAAAUCUGAUUCAGGAGUUAUGUUACCAACACUCAGGGUCUCUCUCAUCCAAGAUAUGAGGCAUAUUCAAAACAUGAGUGAGAUCAAAACUGAUGUUGGACGAGCUCGGGCAUGGAUAAGAUUAUCUCUAGAGAAGAAGCUUUUGUCCCAGCAUCUCAAGCAGUUGCUCUCUAACCAACCACUUACCAAGAAGCUUUAUAAGCGCUAUGCUUUUCUACGUUGUGAAGAAGAAAGAGAGCAGUUUCUUUACCAUCUUCUUUCCCUCAAUGCUGUGGACUAUUUCUGCUUCACCAGUGUGUUCACCACUAUCAUGAUUCCAUACAGGUCAGUGAUCAUCCCAAUCAAAAAGCUGAGCAAUGCAAUCAUCACAUCAAACCCCUGGAUCUGUGUAUCAGGAGAGCUGGGAGACACAGGAAUAAUGCAGAUUCCCAAAAACCUCCUUGAGAUGACUUUUGAGUGCCAGAACUUGGGGAAGCUCACCACUGUUCAAAUUGGUCAUGAUAACUCAGGACUAUUAGCCAAAUGGCUAGUGGAUUGUGUCAUGGUCAGAAAUGAAAUUACAGGACAUACAUAUAGAUUUCCAUGUGGGCGGUGGCUAGGGAAAGGCAUUGAUGAUGGGAGCCUGGAGAGAAUUCUUAUUGGAGAAUUGAUGACAUCAGCAUCAGAUGAGGACCUGGUAAAACAGUGUCGGACUCCACCCCAGCAGAAAUCACCCACCACAGCUAGGAGACUGAGCAUCACUUCCCUAACAGGAAAAACUGCCAAACCCAAUGCUGGACAGAUCCAAGAAGGAAUUGGAGAAGCUGUGAACAAUAUUGUGAAACAUUUUCAUAAACCUGAAAAAGAGAGAGGAAGCCUCACGGUUUUGCUUUGUGGAGAAAAUGGCCUGGUUGCAGCACUUGAACAAGUCUUCCACCAUGGGUUCAAAUCUGCCCGAAUCUUUCACAAGAAUGUCUUCAUCUGGGAUUUCGUAGAGAAAGCGGUUACCUAUUUUGAAACCCUAGACCAGAUUCUGGACAAUGAAGAUGAUGUUCUUAUCCACAAAUCAUCCUGUAAAACAUUCUGCCACUAUGUAAAUGCUAUUAAUACUGCACCCAGAAACAUUGGGAAGGAUGGCAAAUUCCAGAUUUUAGUUUGCCUUGGAACACGAGAUCACCUGCUGCCUCAGUGGAUUCCAUUGUUAGCUGAGUGUCCUGCCAUCACUCGAAUGUAUGAGGAGAGUGCACUUCUGCGAGAUCGCAUGACCGUCAACUCCCUCAUCCGAAUUCUGCAAACAAUUCAGGACUUCACCAUAGUAUUGGAAGGAUCACUCAUCAAAGGAGUGGAUGUGUAAACCAACUGUCCAGAAAUUCUCAGUCCAAACCUCUGAAUUCUGAACCUUCUCCCAACUAUGGGGACAGACUUAGACUUGUCUGACAGUAGUGAGUCACGCAGGGGUCAACCCAGUGUAUGUCCCAAUUUGAAGGAUCUUUACUCUGCAGACAAGGCAAUGCUGUAUUGUAGUUCAUUUGAACCUGGAAUUUAGUAUAAAAUAGAGUAUUUUCAUGUGUUAGAUGUGUGUAAAUAUGCUAUCUUCUUUAAGAAAUUAUAUUACUCUAAUAAGAUACUUUUCUUAGAUUGAAAAUUCCUGUGAUUUAAAAUAAGUAGUUUAAAAAUGUUGGGGGUUAGGGGGAAGAGUGGUGCUAGUCAGGAAGAAGCCAGUAAACAUGUAAAUAUGGUGCAACCCUGUUGGGCUUUUUUUUUUUCUCCUGUAGGUAUCACAAAGGAACCCAGAAUGCAUUGUAUGUGGUAGCCAUCCAUCCUGUGUUGAUCCUUUGUAUAGUGAAUGUAUGCCAUUUUACCUACUGUGGAAUAAUCCUCACUUGUAUUUUUUAAGUUAUAAACCACUUUAUGCUUAUGCAUUUAAAUUGAGUCACUUUUCCAGCCUUUUGGGAAAAAAAAAAAAUCAGUUGGCACAAGGUAAAGAUAUAAUUCAAGCAUUUUCUUUUUCCUGAUACUGGGGAUUGUAUCCAGGGGCACAUUACCUCUCUGCCAUGUCCCCAACCCUUUUUAUUUUUAUUUUUUUGAAAGUUCUCACUAAAUUGCUGAGGCUAGCCUCGAACUUUUAUUCUUCCUGCCUCAUCCUUCUGAGUCCCUUGGAUUAUACGCAUGCCCCCCACCAACCCCUCCCCAGUUAAUUCAAGUAUUUUAACUACCAGACACUGGGAGCUUGGCUGAACUGGAAAGAAACACAGGAAGCCCUGAGAAGUGUGUUAAAAUUAUGGGAUUAUAACUUCUUUGCACUUUGGAAAGAUUAGCCUAGACUAAUUUCAUUCUUGGCAUUUUUAUUCUUGUUAUUUGAGGUACUUUAGGAAGAUAUGAAUUUCAGAGUUUAGCCUCAUAGUUAUAAGUACUACAAACAGCAACGUGAUUCUGCACUUUAAUUUGUCCAUGUAAACUCUGCAGUGGUCCUUUACAUCUUAAGGAUAACCAGCUCUGUUAGGUUCCAGCCACCCCCUCUGCAUGCCCAUCCCCCUUCAGGAAAUGGAAGGAAUGUCUAAGAAGGAGGAGGGCACUGGGUGGCUUGGAAUGUUUUUGUGAAAGUAUUUGUUGACCAUGAUAAUGCAAAUAACAGAACCGGAGAGAAAGAAUGAACCCUUUCUGGGUGUUUCAGGGCAAGCUUUCUGUUCCUUUGUAAGAAGGGGCAAUAAUGUAAAACAACUGGCCCAGAGGAGCACAGAUUGACAAAAUGGAAAUGAAACAAGAAACAAGAGGCAGCAGUUUUGAAAGACCAGACUUGUGAGUAACUUUACAAUUUGAUUGUUUAUAAAGAAGUUAAGUAAAUGUAGUGUUAGGUAGUUACCUUAAGUCUUCAUCUUCUGAUAGGUCGCCUAAUUCUAAUUAGAGAGUGGAACAUUGUUAACAGGAAAUUUGCCUCAGCAGACCUCCAGGUUUUAUUCCCAACUGUGACUGCAAAGCCAAGCCAUGGCUUCUUAGGAUCCUUGUGCAACCUAAAGGUCCUGGGCUCUAGCCAACAGUGUUGUUCCCUUAUUUCCUGGAGGAAGAAAUUAGUGAAACAAGUGCCUCACUCCCUUUAUCAAACACUGUAUGCAGCUAAGAAACAGGCCCUUUUGUCAUGUGACUUUAUACUUAAAAAAAGGGUUGUUGAAGGCUUCACAUGAAACCUAUGCAAAGGGCUUAAGAAGGUGGUUCUGGGGCUGGGGUUGUGGCUCAGUGAUAGAGUGCUCACCUAGCACAUGCGACACCCUGGGUUCAAUCCUUAGCACCAAAUAAAAAUAAAUAAAUAAAAUAAAAUAAAGGUAUCGUGUUCAACUCCAAGUAAAAAAAUAUUUUUAAAAAGAAGGUGGUUCUGGUUGACCUGGGUAGAAGAGAGAAUGGUUUAAACUAAACUGUAUCUACAAUGGUGUAGCUAUCCUAGGGAUAUAGGAAUUCUAAAGACAUUCAUAACCUCUUUCACCUGUCUUCUACCAUAGUGAUCAGAAAUUAUAGAUGGCCCAAUCCAGGGUUUCAUUCUUGUUUUGGGAGGUGGGUACCAGGAUUGAACUCAGGGGCACUCAACCACUGAGCCACAUCCCCAGCUCUAUUUUGUAUUUUAUUUAGAGACAGGGUCUCACUGAGUUGCUUAUCACCUCCCUUUUGCUGAGGCUGGCUUUGAAUUUUUGAUCCUCCUGCCUCAGCCUCCUGAGCCGCUGGGAUUAUAGGUGUGCACCACUGUGCCCAGCACAGGGUUUCAUUCUUGUUACCUUUUCCAUAAGACCAUGCUUCUGAAAUACCAAAAUAUAUACAUACAUACACACACACACACAAGUUAUGAGUAAAGUUUCAUCCCACUUUGUUGUGUAGUAUGACUAUAACAGUAAAAUUACUAAAAUUCAGCUUUUCAGGAAGCUGAGGCAGGGGGAUGACAAGUUUGAGUCCAGCCUGGGUGGACUGUACCAAAUCCCUGUCUCAAAAAAUAAAAAAAUAAAUAAAGCAUGGGGAUGUAGAUCAGUGAUAGAGUAUACCUGGGCUCAAUCCCUAGUACCAAAGGAAAAAAAAGAAAACAAGAGAAGAGUAGGGGAAGAACCAAUUUCAAAAACUAUAAAUCCUCUUGGCUAGGCGCAGUAGUCACCUCAGAGCACCUGUGCUUGUCCCUGGGGCAUAGCCUUUGCUGUACACACUUGGGCCACUUGUGAUCUACUCGAAUGGCCCAUAGCUCAUUCUUUUGAAUAUUCUCGGAAUAAAUAUUCUCAGAAUAAAUAUUUCAGAAUAAAUUAAUAAUUAGAAACAGCAUAAAGUCCCUGCAGUCCAAGUUUGAUGAAUAAAAGAAUGAUUCUGCUGAUGGAGUCAUCUAGUACAAUUAUAAAGAAAUAAAACUCAGGUGGCUUAUGACUGUCUCUGAGUUAAUCCCAAAAUGUUUUGAGCACACCAGUAAGCAGAAUCCACUGAAUAAAUGUGUGACCUUUCAUACUUGAGUUGUUUUUUGUUUGUUUGCUUGUUUGUUUUGUAGGAGGGAUUGAACUCAGAGGUACUUUUUUUUACCACCAAGCUAUAUCCCCAGUCCUUUCAGUCCUUUUUAUUUUUUUAUUUUAAGGCAGGGUCUCACUAAAUUGUUUAGGGCUGAAUUAAGUUGUUGAGGCUGGCUUUAAAUUUGGGAUCCUCUUGCCUCAGCCUCCAGAGUUGCUGGGAUUAUAAGUGUACGCCACUGCACUCAUUCACCCUGACUUUUGGAUUGAUCAUAUCCAUUUAGAGAUAUCCUUUCUGCUAUGUUAACUUUUUAAAAAAUACUUUUAGUUGUAGAUGGACAUAAUACCUUUAUUUUUUUAGUGCCAGGGAUUGAACUCAGGGGCACUCAACCACUGAGCCACAUCCACAGCCCUAUAUUGUAUUUUAUUUAGAGACAGGGUCUCACUGAGUUGCUUGGCACCUCACUUUUUUGCUGAGGCUGACUUUGAACUCAAGAUCCUCCUGCCUCAGCCUCCCGAGCCACUGAGGUUACAGGCGUGCGCCACAACUCUGGCUAUUUUAUACUUAUUUUUAUGUGGUGAUGAGGAUCAAAUCCAGUGCCUCACCCGUACUAGGCAAGUGCUCUAUUACUGAGCUACAACCAACCCCAGCCUUGCUAUGUUAAUUUUAAAAUUAGUAUAUUGCUUUAGAAUCAUACUAUAAAGUAAAUAAAAAUAAAUUUUCUAUUUGCUUUUUCCCCCUCCAAAUAAAAUUAAAUGCCUGGGGCCAUAAUUAAGAUUUUCAAAUAACAGUGGCUUUGGAAGAAAUUAUUUAAAACUUAAAUUGCCUUGGCUGGCAAUGUAGCUCAGUGUUAGAGCACUUGCCCAGCAGGCUUGAGGCCAUGAGUUCCAUCCCCAAUACAGAAAAAGAAAAAAGAAAAAUGACUGACACUCAAGUAUGAGGUGGUAUAAAAGAGCUCUAGGUGGGAAAAGUAGGCUGCUAAGAAUGAAAGCCUCCCAACCAUUGCCCUCCACAUAUGUCCCACUGGAAGAGUGAGUUUGGUAGAAGAGACCUAAAAUUUGCAAAGAUUUAGCUUUCCCUCUAAAAACUUUUUAAAUAUUCUUUUUAGUUGUAGAUUGACACAAUACCUUUAUUUUAUUUAUUUAUGUGGUUCUAUGGAUUGAACCCAGUGCCUAUCACACAUGCUAGGUAAGUAUUCUACCACUGAGCCAUAACCACAGCCCCUCCCUCUAAAAUUUCUUAUAAAUGUCCCACACUUUUUUUUGGUAACUGUUAUUUACAUUAACAUGACUUUUUUCUUUUUCUUUUUUUCUAUUUUUUUAUAAUUUUUUAAAAUAUUUAUUUUUAGUUGUAGGUGGACACAGUACCUUUAUUUUAUUUCUAUGUGGUGCUGAGGAUUGAACCCAGUGCCUCACACAUGCCAGGUGAGCACUCUACCCCUUGAACCACAACCCCAGCCCCUCUUUUUUAUAAUAUUAAUGAAGUUCUGUCACACUGUAUAAAUGAUGUAGGGGAAAAACUGAAUUGCUCAUACUUCCUUUUUUGGCAACAAAGCCUUGUAUGCAGGUGUAAGUGAAAAAGAGAGGUUAAGAUUAUAUAUGACAACUUAUGUGUAGUAUAUUAUUGAUACCCUAAGGUGUUUUGAAACAUGAGGCAAUAAUUGAGGACCUUAAAUUCCCAGGGAAAUAUCUGUUAGCUUUGGGAGUAUAGCUCUUCAUAAUGAAAUAUCUUCUAUUAAGAAUUAUGGGUUUUUUUCCAAUAGAUUUUUCAUUUAGGGAACUGUGAGUAUUUUCUGUGAGGUUUACAGAUAUUAGUCUAUCCUUUUCACAAAUGUUGAGAGGACAAUCUGAACCUUAGCUACUUACAUUUCAGUAUUAACACAACUUCAUUGAUUGAGAAUGGGUCUUGAGUUCUCAAUUUUUGUGAAGUGAAUCCUAUUUCCAAGUUGUCUGUGUCCUUUGAAUUCCUGUAACAGAUGAAUUUAUUCAUUACCAUUUAACAUAAAUCAGAAAGAAUGACAAGCUACUGAGUUCCUUAUUUCUGUUAAAAUGGGAUUAUAAAUCUGUUGAAUUAAAUGAAUACAAGCUUUUUGAAAAGAUCAUUGUUGCAGUAUGAUCAAAAGUUCAAAGGAGGGGGCUGGGAAUAUAGCUCGGUUGGUAGAGUGCUUAUCUCACAUGCACAAGGCCCUGGGUUCAAUCCCCAGCACCACACACACAAAAAAAGAGAGAGAGAGAGUCCAAGGAAAGACUGGGGUGCAACUCAGUGGUACAGUACUGUGCAUGCCUAGCAUGCACAAGGCCCCACAUUCAAUCUUACUAAUAAAGAAAGAGUUCAAGGAGAACUUUACCCUCCCAAAUUUAUUAGAGCUAAUUACCCCUUAAGGAAGACAUAAAAAUUGGCUUCAAAAAGGCAUCACAUUGAGAUAUUAAUACCAGAGUGAAAAAAGUUCACCAAAUAAAAUUUUUCCUCUUAGGGUCCAACAUACCUUAGGUUAUGUAGAAGGAAAUCAUGCUUGGUCCAGUUACCUGGAUGUACUUAGGUGUUAGACCCAGUCUUCAUCUAAACACCAACUUUUGUUGACAGUAGAGAAGUAUAUUAAGGAGAUUCUGUUGUCAAUCAGAUGAGGGAGUGGAACAACAACAAAAAAAAAUCCCAUGUUACACUUGAACCAUGUAUAAAUGUACCCUGUAUAUUUUUUUUUAAUUAGCAUUUCUGUAUUUAAAUUAUAUUGUUUCCCUUUGUAUUGUUAACAAAGUGUAUCAGAACUGGAUAUUUCUUUAUUUCUCAUCUGGACAUGAUAUAACACUUAAAAAAGAGUAUUGUGAUAUUAAGCACUUUAACAUAUCAGGCAAACUGACAUGGGUUUUUCAGAUUUUGAAGUACAUUUAAAUAUGACUUUUCAUGCUUUGUUCUUUACAAAUAAAACUGUGGGGUUGAUAA